UUUGAUUUUAACCGGCUCAAAGAUUUAAUUUGCAAUUGAAGUUAUUGCUGAUUGUUCUAUCUCAGAGUAAACGGUCGCACGUGUGAAGUGGUACAGUCAUGAAGGCAAUAAUCCAGCGAGUAACCGCUGCAAAGGUUACUGUUGGCGAAGAACUCAUCAGUUCCAUUGGCAAAGGCUUAUGCGUCCUGGUAGGGAUCUCCAGUGAGGAUAACGCCAACGAUGUAGAAUGGCUUGCGAAAAAGCUUCUCAACAUUCGCCUCUUCGAGGAUGCCACCGGCAAACGCUGGUCCCAGAGCGUCCUGGAUCAGCAGCUGGAGAUUCUCUGCAUCAGCCAGUUUACGCUGUACAACCGUAUGAAGGGUAACAAGCCGGACUUCAGUCGAGCGAUGCAGGGACCCGAAGCGCAAACCUUGUACGGUACGUUGUUGCAACGGUUGGCGUCACAGUAUCGGCCGGACAGGGUGCGAGACGGCCGAUUUGGAGCGCUGAUGCAGGUGCACAUUCAGAACGAUGGUCCCGUGACGAUCGAACUGGAAUCUCCUCCGCAGAGCCAACAGGACCGGGAUAAGCUGAAACGGGCCGACGAGCAUAGGGCUAAAAGUAAAAAGCAAUCCGAUGACAGUGGGAUCCCCUCCGGGGAUGUUGGUGUUAAUUUAAACAAUCUAAAGUUAGUAGAAAAGGACAGUCAAUGA